UCUCAGGCAAUUUACUCGUUGCUCUCUAUUUGAGCGUGUGCGUGUUUGGUAAAUCGACCUUCUCCGUCUCCCAAACGUUAGAUGAAAACGUGUAGUAGUAGUUUGUCACAUUCGAUAUUAUCCAAUAACGGUUAUCCACGUGUCAUCAAUCCGGUCUCUUCUCUCAUCCUCUGGACGGCAAGAAUCGCCGACGUGCCCCUAAAAUAUCGGAUUCUCCCAAUGUAUUUGUUUAUUUUUGGAUUUGUUUGAAUCUCGGUUCCUGGGUCUCUGUGUUUUCCUUUUUUUAAUCUGAUUUUCCAUUGCGAUUUGGUCAAAGUCUCUCGAAUCAACAACGAAUCCAUCGGAAUUUCUAUUCAGGUGGAUAUAACUUUUCUCGUUGUCGUUUUCCUGGAAAAUUUUGGCGGAUAUCGGAGAGAAAUCGCCGAAUCAGAUUAUUUUUUCUCUAAAAUCUGAGUUAGGAUUUAUAAAUAAAAGUGAUGCAACGGAUCGUAGAUAACGCCCUCGCUGUCACCAAAGAUGCAGGUCAGUGAAAACUGUUACAUAUGAGUCUUUGAACAACAUUGCUAGAUGCAUUAACGGAGUCUCCGCUCUUCUCUUGACGCUUCUCCCCGGGAAGGCUAAUAUUCUCGAAGGUCUCCAUGGCUGGGAGCUCAGGCCCACUUUCCGUGGACCACGCUUGCCACGCUGGAUGCACAAUGGGGUUUCUUCUUUCAAUCAAUUCGUUCAUGAGCUCUCUGUGGAUUCCGAUACUUCGAGCUCGGACUAUUCCUCCGGAGAAGAGAGUGAUGGCGCCCUCCCUGCUUCACCUUCUUCUCAAAGCUCACGCCUUUCUUGGGCCAGUGCUUCUGCAAAUCCUGAAAGCCACUGGACUGAGUGGGUUACCUUCCUUCUCUGGUGGUUGAUAUUCCCUUUACGGAUCUUGGUAUGGAUACCGCAGUACUUUCUUCGUUUGUUCUAUAAGCGAAGUAGUACAAGAGCUCCUACGAGUCCAAGAAGGAACCAACGUUGUUCACCUAGGCCUCGUGUUAGCAAGACUAUGUCGAGCAAAGACCAUGAUGUGCCCAACCGUGCUACUGAUAGAAGACGCGGAGUCAUUGAGGAUCUUCAUCUUGCUAUUGAGAUCUGUAUAGAAGCUAUUUUUGAUUUUUUCCACAGGGCUACACAUAUGAUCCUUUCUCCCUCGGAAGCUUUUGCGAAAAUGUCGUCAUGGUUCUCUUCUCGCAGUAACAGUCGGAAAGAAAGUCAUGAUGAUGUUUUAGAUGAUGAACCUGUGCAGACUGCUACUUUAGGAGAUACUGAUCCAUCUCUUACGGAAAGGCCCACGCGCUUAUACAGCUCUAUGAACACGGAUACUCGAACAUGUCAAGAUGUCAUAACAGAGCUGGGGUAUCCUUACGAAGCUAUUCGUGUUGUUACAUCUGAUGGAUAUGUUCUUCUUUUGGAAAGGAUACCAAGACGUGAUGCAAGGAAAGCUGUUUAUCUACAGCAUGGUAUAUUGGAUUCUUCAAUGGGAUGGGUAUCUAAUGGAGUUGUCGGAUCUCCAGCUUUUGCGGCGUAUGACCAAGGCUAUGAUGUUUUCUUGGGGAACUUUCGGGGUUUAGUGUCAAGAGAUCAUGUGAACAAGAACAUAUCCUCGAAAGAAUACUGGCGAUACUCCAUUAACGAGCAUGGUACUGAGGAUAUCCCAGCGAUGAUAGAAAAAAUCCACGAAAUCAAAACUUCAGAACUGAAGCUCAGCCAGCCUAAUAUCGACGAGGAAAUCAACCAGGAGGAGCCUUAUAAGCUCUGUGCCAUCUGUCAUAGCCUAGGCGGUGCUGCAAUUCUCAUGUACGUCAUCACUCGCAAAAUCAAGGAGAAGCCACAUCGACUCUCACGACUGAUCCUACUUUCACCUGCUGGAUUUCACGAAGACUCCAACUUAGGUUUCACAAUUGUUGAGUACAUAUUCCUUUUUGUGAGUCCUGUAUUGGCUCACAUCGUGCCUGCCUUUUACAUACCGACAAGGUUCUUCAGGAUGCUUCUAAACAAGCUAGCACGUGACUUCCACAACUAUCCUGCUCUUGGUGGACUGGUCCAAACCCUGAUGAGUUAUGUAGUUGGUGGAGACAGCUCGAACUGGGUUGGAGUAUUAGGGACGCCUCACUACAACAUGAACGAUAUGCCAGCUGUAUCCUUCGGCGUUGCGAAACAUCUUGCUCAGAUCAAACACACUGGUAAGUUCAAGAUGUUUGAUUACGGGAGCAGGACAGCUAACAUGGAGGUUUACGGCUCUCCUGAACCGCUUGAUCUAGGGGAGUCUUACGAGUUCAUCGAUGUGCCUGUGGAUUUAGUGGCGGGGAAGAAAGACAAGGUGAUUCGGCCUUCCAUGGUGAGGAAACACUACAAGGUGAUGAGAGAUGCAGGGGUUGAUGUAUCGUUUAAUGAGUUUGAGUAUGCUCACCUUGAUUUCACAUUCUCUCACCGGGAAGAGCUUUUGACGUAUGUGAUGUCGAGGCUUCUGCUUGUGGAAGUGACCCCAAGUGAGCAGAGGCAGAGCAGCCAGAAAGGUAUGAAACUGAAGAAGAAGAAAAAGGAAGGUAUCAGUAGUGUAAGUAGCUAGAAACCAAACCAUGGCCAGUGUAGAGUCCGGUGUCAUUGUAUUGUGAUGUUGUGUGUUUGAGCUUCAUGUGUGUUUCCGUUGAUCUCCCCCUGUAAUAGUGUACAUAGUGUAAACUGUGAUCGCUUGAUGAAAUGAUCUUGUUGUCAGAGAUGUUUUUUUCAGGAAUAUAAUAUUUGUUUAUAAUA